AUGGUAAAGCAUGUAGAAGCUAGAUGUGAAGUAUGUUCUGGGUUGACAACAAGAUAUAUGAGAUCUUUGUACAAAGACUUAAUUUGGCUGUUGGAAACCAACACACUGAUUGAAUCUCAUCAACUUCGAACAAAGAUGGAAAAAAGCUUUCUUGGUGACAAACGGACAGCUGGUGAUAAGUUACAUAAAGCAAGAAAUUUCAUAGAAACAAGAGUGUAUGAGAACCACAAUGUACGUGUGAAAUACAGUUUUUUAACAAAGUGCUACUCAGAAGAAGUCAAAAAUAUGCUUGGAGCCAUCAAAUCUGGAGCAUCAUAUUGUCCUGAUGUAGUAGUUGUGAAUUCUUGCUUGUGGGACAUAUCACGAUGGGGACCCAAUGGUGUUCCUGAGUACAAAGACAACAUGGUGAAGCUAAUGAGACUCUUCAAGUCAUGCCUUCCAAAACAAACUUGUGUUAUAUGGAUGACAACACUGCCAAUAUCGGCAUCGUGUAGGGGUGGAUUCCUCAUAAAACAGGUUGAAUUUCUACGUCACACCAUGCGAUUUGAAGUAAUGGAAGCAAAUAUGUAUGCACGUGAUGUUGUUGCCUCAUUUGGGUUUGAUGUACUAGACGUACAUUAUUACAUGCGAAUGCAAAUACACAGGAGAUCAAGUGAUGGUGUCCACUGGCUUCCCUCAGCAAUGAGGCAUAUAAGUAAUCUAUUAUUAACGCACAUUGCUCUUGUCUGGAACAGGACACUGCCUGGGAAUUUCAGUAGUUUGGCCUUGGAAAAAGCAAAAGUGCUCACUGUGAAAGAGAAAAAAUGUGAAUUUAAAUUACCUGAAGUUCCAAACAUAUUCAUCAGGGAAAAGCAGUCAGGACCUCCUGAAUGUUGCCGACUGCGGGCUCGAGCACCGUUCAAAGAUUGUGCAGCACGGCGGCGCCGGGCAGCAAGAACUCAGUUCGAGGAGCACGCACAGCGAAGCAAUUGGCCUGCACAACUCCAGUUCAUACAGGACAGUGAUAGUGCUGCUGUGGAUCCUGAGCUGAACUCUUGGAACAUGGUUGAGGGGUUAAAAUACCAUGUGUGA